AAUCGGGCGGCUGAGGAGGUAGCGGUGGCGGCGGCGACGGCGGCUCUGGAGGCCGCGUUCCCGGUCCUGGCCUCGGCCCCAGCCCCACCAUGGUGACACUCGCCGAGCUGCUGGUGCUCCUGGCUGCGCUCCUGGCCACGGCCUCGGGCUACUUCGUUAGCAUCGGCGCACAUGCCGAGGAGUGCUUCUUUGAGCGGGUCACCUCAGGCACCAAGAUGGGCCUCAUCUUUGAGGUGGCCGAGGGCGGCUUCUUGGACAUCGACGUGGAGAUUACAGGGCCUGACAAUAAAGGAAUCUAUAAAGGAGACCGAGAGUCCAGUGGGAAAUACACAUUUGCUGCUCACAUGGAUGGAACAUAUAAGUUUUGUUUUAGCAAUAGGAUGUCCACCAUGACUCCAAAGAUAGUGAUGUUCACCAUUGAUAUUGGGGAGGCCCCAAAAGGACAGGACAUGGAAACAGAAGCUCACCAGAACAAGCUAGAAGAAAUGAUUAAUGAGCUGGCAGUGGCAAUGGCAGCUGUAAAGCAUGAACAGGAGUACAUGGAAGUUUGGGAGAGAAUACACAGAGCAAUCAAUGACAAUACAAACAGCAGAGUGGUCCUUUGGUCCUUCUUUGAAGCUCUUGUUCUAGUUGCCAUGACAUUGGGACAGAUCUACUACCUGAAGAGAUUUUUUGAAGUCCGGAGGGUUGUUUAAAAGCCUUUUUCUCUUAUCUCACUGUUUACCAAACACCUUGGUCU